AUAACUAUGAAGACGAACUACCUGUUUUUCUUGAAAAUACUGCAGAAUAUAACCUCUUGGUAGAACAAAACAAUAAUUACAUGAUAGGGCGUGAAAGUAUUAUAGACCUUGCACAGCAUAGUGAAGUAAUAGAAAAUAACGAAAUUUAUACAGAAGAUAGUCAAAAUUCAAACAUAGAGUUAGAAAAUGUCACUCAUAUUAGUGCACCUUCUAUAAUUGAACCUAUAUUCCCAAAGGUGCUUAAAUUGCUUAAAGACUAUUUACCUUCUCAUAUUCUAUCUAUUCAGCAUCAGCAAAUACUUGGCUCUUUACUUUAUCAUGCAAGAUUAAUUUCUAAGAAGACAAUUAGUAUUAUACAAGAAGAUCCUGAUCAGCUCAGUUAUAAUACAGGUUUUCUUGAAGACCAACUUGAUAGACCGCAAAUAGCAAUCCAUCCUUUUUUGAAUGGAAUACAAUUAUCAGAUGUUUUAGAAAUAUGGAAACUCUUUGGGCUUAUAACAAAAUAUAAACAUUUUAUUGUUCUGCUAAAUGAUGGAGAACAUUUAUGUACUUGCCUGGCUAUUAUUAAUUGUGGACUUGUAUGUUUACAUUAUUUUCAUAUUAUGAUGAACUCAAAAGCUGCUAAGUUUAAUAGAACUAUAGAAGCAGUAACUCAAUUUCAACAAGUUAAUUCUAAUUGUGCAGUAGUUUCUGAUUUGCAUAUUCUUGAUCAGUUUAGAGUGCCGCAUAUGUUCACAACUAAAAUCAAACAACAUGUACAGAAGAAAGUCAAAUUUGCAUCUGGUUUUGAAAAGUUAAAAGCAGCACUUAAUUUAGCAAUUGAUAUGGGCUGUAAGGAUGAAUUUAUUGAUAUGAUAAAUGGCUUUAUCAAUCGGAAGAAAAGUAGCAUUAAUAAUACAAAUAAUGAAAACAAUAAAAAUUUGCAUAUAUUGGAUCCUUUGUUAUUAGCAGAAAAUAAUUCAUAUAAUGCUAGCACUAAACGCAAUGCAAUUAAUCCGAUUGAUCCAAAUUUAUAUGUACGCAAUACACAUUCAAGAUAUGGUACAAAUAUUACUGUCCAACCAUUACAACAUAUAUCUAGUAACAAUUUUAAUGAAAAUCAAGCUGAUAUUUCUACUAAAACAACUCAAAUUAUGAAAGAGAAUACUGAAAGUACUGUCAAGCAGAAAUAUAUAUGCAAGAUAUAUGGAAAUCCUGGUCAUAAUUCUCGAAGGUGUGAUGGUAACAGUAAUAAAUAG